AUGGAAGGUGCCUUGGAGGUAAGCCUCCGGGGCCUCACUGGGCAAGAGCUUCGUCUCAGUGUGGCAGAGGACAUCUUGGGCAGCGAGCUUCUGCAGCUCGUUCGGUCCAGGUUGCCUCCGAAGCCGGGCGCGGUGCUGCGUUUGAACUUCGGCGAGCUCGAGCUGGUGCCAGAAAGGAGCCUAAGAGACCAGGGCUUGCGUGGAGCCGCGGCCGGAGUUUUCACCUACUCGCGUACUUGCCUUCUCCGGGCGUGGUAUGCAGUGCUGGGUCUCCAGAAAUUUGACACGCGAGAACGAGCAAUGGAAGGAGUCACUCAGAUGUCGUGGGGAAGAAACUCCUUUGGUGACACUCCAGCGCUUCCUGCAGGCCUGCCAGUCACAUUGACAAACCUUGUGUUCAGCAAAGACUUUGUCCAGUCCUUGGAGGGGGUGACCUUGCCUGACAGCUUGCAGAGCCUGACCUUUGGGGAAAAGUUUAACUGCAGUCUGCUGGGGCUAGUUUUGCCAAACGGCCUCCAAAGCCUGACUGUCGGCCAAAGGUUCAAUCGCAGAUGUCAGGGAAUGCAUUUGCCGCGCUGCUUGCAAAACCUCACGUUUGGCGAGCAAUUCAAUCACAGCCUGGAGGGGGUAAUUCUACCAGACAGCCUGCGGAGUCUGACCUUUGGCCGGGACUUCAACCAACCUUUGCGUGAUGUGACCCUGCCAGAGGGUCUGCAGAGCCUGACUUUCGGCCAUGAUUUUGACCAAAGUUUGCAGGACGUGGCUUUGCCAGGAAGUUUGCGAAGCCUGACGCUUGGCAAUAGGUUCAACGGAAGCCUGCAAGGAGUGAGUCUCGGGGGCUUGCAGAGCCUCACCGUAGGCGCGCUGUUCAACCACAGCUUGCAGGGCAUGAAGUUUCCGAGCUUGCAGAGCCUGACUUUGGGCGAACAGUUCAACCAAAGCUUAGAGGGCGUGUGCUUUCCAGACAGCUUGCGGCACCUCACUUUCGGUUACUUUUUCAACGAGAGCUUGAAGGAAGUGGCUCUGCCAUCAGCCUUGCAGAGCCUAGCUUUCGGAAGGGAGUACAACCAAAGCUUUGACGGAGUGGCUUUGCCACGCGGCUUGCGGAGCCUGACUUUUGGAAGAGCAUUCAGCCAAAGCUUGCAGCUGCCUUUGCCAUCUGGCUUGCAGAGCCUCAUCUUUGGCGAAGGUUUCUUACAAAGUCUGAUGGGAGUAACAUUGCCUGGAAGCUUGCAAAGCUUGACCUUGGGCUUUGGGUUCAACCAUAGCUUGCAGGGAGCGAAUCUGCCCCCUACGUUGCAGAGCCUAACGUUUGGUGCGCUAUUCAACCAAGGCUUGCAAGGGAUAGAUUUGCCAGGCAAGUUGCAGAGCCUCACUUUUGGCACAAACUUCAACAAGAGCUUGCACGGAGUGACUUUUCCGGAGAGCUUGCAGGGCAUAACUUUCGGUCAAGCAUUCAACCAUGAUUUGCAGGAAGUGGCGCUGCCAAAAAGGCUGCAGAAUCUUACCUUUGGCGGUGACUUCAAUCAACCUUUGCAGAAGGUAAAUCUUCCUGGCAGCUUGCAAAGCCUAACUUUUGGCAACAGAUAUGACCAAAGCGUAGCUGGAGUGACUUGGCCGGCCAGCUUGCAAAGCUUAACUUUCGGUGUUCGCUUCAACCAAAGCUUACAAGGAGUAUCUUUGCCAGGCAAGUUGCGGAGCCUCACAUUUGGAUUUCAUUUCGAUCAGGGCUUGGAGGGCUUGACUUUGCCAAGCAGCUUGGAGACCCUGCGUUUCGGCGACAAGUUCAACCAGUGCCUGCAAAGCGUCAGCCUGCCUGGCAGCUUGCAACAUCUUUAUUUCGGCCAGUUCUUCAACAAGAGCUUGGACUGUGUUGCUUUUCCCGCCGGUUUGCGAAGCCUGUAUUUGGGUGCCGGCUUCCGUCAAUUCCGCACGGUGACUUUGCCAGACAGCGUGACGACCUAUUCAGCUGCAGAUGCUACACUCAGCUAUGCCUAG